UGUUUUCCCGCUAGAUGUCGGUUACUUUCUCCUCGGGGGGAAAAUGGCGUUUCUGUUUGGGUCUUGCGUGGUCAUCAAAUGAAGUUUAAAAGAAUUCGAGAUGGGGCUGCAUUGAAGAACUGAUCACCUUCCACUGGGUGUGUUGGUGCACCAGCACCUGUGGCUGUGUGUCCACUGAACCAUUGUGGAAAGGUGGUCGUGGACAGAGUGGUGGCAUAUGUGGAGGACUUGGUGAUGAAUGCUCACCUUGUCGUGGAUACAGCAAGUAGUAGUAGCAGCUGUGCCCCAGGAGGUUUGCAUGUGAGCAGCAAGCGCCGGAAGCUGGACGGCUGCCCGCAGGAGUACCGAGCCGACCCGUACGGCCAUGUCCCCAGUCCCAGCCAGAGUCACACGCAACAGUCGCGCAUGGUGCGCCAAAACGCACGCCUAGAUACCUACCAGAGGUGCGGCGUUAAGCGCAAGUCGACUGCGAGCCGAGAGUGUUAUGCCGGCGAGGAAUCGUCGGCCCAAAUCAGCACGACGACGUCCCACAGUAAGCCGGCGGCCGCGGCCGGCUCGUCCACCGAUGGCGACUACCAGCUGGUGCAGCAUGAGGUGCUCUGCAGCCUCACCAACCAGUAUGAGGUACUCGAGUUCCUGGGCCGCGGCACCUUCGGCCAGGUGGUCAAGUGCUGGAAGAAAGGCACCAAUGAGAUCGUGGCCAUGAAAAUCCUCAAGAACCAUCCGUCGUACGCUCGGCAGGGUCAGAUCGAGGUCUCCAUCCUGUCUCGACUGAGCCACGAGAACGCGGAUGAGUUCAACUUCGUGCGCGCACACGAGUGCUUCCAGCACAAGAACCACACCUGUCUGGUGUUUGAGAUGCUGGAGCAGAACCUGUACGACUUCCUCAAGCAGAACAAGUUCUCUCCGCUGCCGCUCAAGUUCAUCAGACCGAUCCUGCAGCAGGUGCUGACGGCGCUGCUAAAACUCAAGCAACUGGGUCUGAUCCACGCCGACCUGAAGCCGGAGAACAUCAUGCUGGUGGACCCCAUCCGGCAGCCCUACCGCGUCAAAGUGAUCGACUUCGGUUCGGCUUCGCACGCCAGCAAGGCCGUGUGCAACACCUACUUGCAGAGUCGCUACUACCGCGCGCCAGAGAUCAUACUCGGUCUGCCGUUCUGCGAGGCGAUCGACAUGUGGUCGCUGGGCUGUGUGAUCGCCGAGCUGUUCCUCGGCUGGCCGCUGUACCCGGGCAGCUCGGAGUACGACCAGAUCCGCUACAUCCGCCAGACGCAGGGACAGCCGCCCGAACACAUGCUCAACAACGCCACCAAGACGACGCGCUUCUUCUACCGGGACGUCGACCAGAACUACCCGUGCUGGCGGCUCAAGACACCCGAGGAGCACGAGUCUGAGACUGGCAUCAAGUCGAAAGAGGCGCGCAAGUACAUCUUCAACUGUCUGGACGACAUGGCGCAGGUGAACGUGCCGCAGGACCUGGAGAGUGGCGAGCUGCUCGCAGAGAAGACGGACAGGCGAGAGUUCAUCGACCUCAUCAAGCGGAUGCUCACCAUGGAUCAGGAGCGUCGGGUGAUGCCGCCCGAGGCGCUGAACCAUGCGUUCGUAACGCUGUCGCACCUGGUGGACUACUCUCACUGCGCCAACGUCAAGGCGUCGGUGCAGAUGAUGGAGGUGUGCCGCCGCCACGUGUUCACGCCGCAGCCGGCGGCGGCUGCCGCGCCGGCCGCGCCGUCCGCCGCCGCACCCGCCCAGCUGGUCAACCUGGUGCCCACCAGCGUCGGCAACGUGGCCAUCACCUUCAACAACCAGCUGCCCAACCAGUACCAGUUCUACCAGCCGCGCACCCAGCGCCAGUACGGCUCGUCGCGCGUGGCCGCCUCCUACCAGCACCAGCUGGUGCCGUCGCUGCUGUGCCCGCCGCACCCGCAGACCUACCAGGUGCCCCAGCAGCAGUACGUGCCCGUCUCCAUGGUAGAACAGUCCGGCCGGCCGAUGCUGUUUGCGAACGGCAGCUCGUGGCCGGCGGCCGGCAGCCGGCAGAUGACGUUCGUGCCGUCGUGGCAGCAGCCGGCGGCGGCGGCGGCGCUGCAGCCGUCUGCCGCGCUGCUGCCGGACAGCGCCGACUGGCGGCUCUCGCAGCCGCGGCCGGUGCUCGUCGAGAGCGCCUCCUUCCUCCAGGACCAGCCGGGCUCCAUGUACCCGGACAUGCUGCUGCAGGCCGCCGAGAUGGUGCCCCGGCCGCGCGCCGCGCCCGCUCCGGCGCCCGCGCCCGCGCCCCCGCCGGCCCCGGCGCCGGCGCACUGCGGCGGCCAGUACAGCCAGCGGCCGAGCAAGCGGAGCGGUGCGCCGCGACCGCCGGCCGGCGCACCGCACGCCCUCUACGUGGAGAAGAAGGAGCCCGUCUCGCACAUCAGCCCCGUCAAAAAGAAGCCCAAGGAAGAGAGCAGCGGGGACAGCUCGCGGCGCGGCGCCCUCUACGUGGAGAAGAAGGAGCCCGUCUCGCACAUCAGCCCCGUCAAAAAGAAGCCCAAGGAGGAGAGCAGCGUGGACGAGUCUCGGCGCGGCGGCGAGCCCAGCGGCGGCGGCGGCGGCCGUCGGGCGGCGGGCCGGCGCGGUCAGCCGACCAUCACCAUCCGGGACACGCCGUCGCCGACCGUGUCGGUGAUCACCAUCUCGGACAGCGACGACGAGACGGUCGGCCGCACGCCAGCUGACAAACACGGGAGCAGCGGCCACUCGAGCGUCGUGCUGCCGAGUAGCGCCUGUCCGUCGGUCACCGUGACGCCCAGCGAGGUCGCCCACCACCACGCCGCCUCAGUGCUGGCCAGCAGCGCGUCGGAGCGCGACCGGCGCCAGCCGCCGCGUGCCGCCGGCCGCGCGCGCGUGGUGGUGGUGCACGACAGCGACGAGGAUACCCAGCCGGCCGUGGCCGUCGUCAAAACGGAGCCGUCGACAAGCGGCUACCACUCGUCGGCGCCCGUCUCGCAGAAGAAGCGCCUGCUGGCCAAGUCUCAGUCCGAGUGUCACCUGAACCAGGCCGCCGCCGCCGCGCCGGAGACCGAGGAGUGGGAGCGCCGCGAGUGGGACGGCCGCCGGCACAGCCUCUACCUGCCGGCCGCCGACGAGCCGCCGCCGCCCGCCGCCGAUGACGUGCGCUACGUGUCGGCGCGUCGGGACGAGUACCGCUCGGCCGAGCCGCUGCCGCCGGCGGCCCACUCACAGCCGGCGGCCGGCGCGCGCUACGUGGUGGCGCCGGCGCCGGCCGUCUCCUCGGCGCACCGCGACUACCUGGCGGCGGCGGCGGCGGCGGCCGUCGGGCGCGACACGGUGCUGCUGGCCUCGCAGCCGGCGGGCCGCCCCCACCACGGCGCCGGCCGCGAGCUGCUGCAGCCGGACCCGGCAGCGGCGGCGGCGGCCGCCGCGGCCUACCGCGCCUCAGCGGCGGCCUCCUACAGGAACUACGCGGCGGCGCACGUCUCGCCGGGCCCGUGGGUGUCGCAGCCGCCGCCGCUGGCGCCGCUCAGUCCGCGGCUGGCGCCCGAGCUGUUCCGGGAGUUCCGCCGGCCGGCGGUGUACGCGGUGGCCACGGCACAGCCGUCGGCGGCGGCCGCCGCGGCCGCGGCCGGGCAGUACCUGGCGGCGGCGGCGGCCGGCCGCUCCGUGGCGCAGAUCCCGGCCGGGCUGCUGCCGCCGCCAGCACACCACAGCUCGGCGCGGCCGGUGCUGACGGCGCACCCGUCCGGCCACCCGCUGCCGGCCCACCUGCCCAGCGUGUUCAGCGGACACCCGCAGGUGGCCGGCGCGUUCAACUACGCCGCGCUCAGCCCGAGCAAGUCGCAGUACCAGCCGCUCUGGCUGGCCGAGUAGCGGCGCAACUACCCGCUCUGGCUGGCCGAGUAGCGGCGCAACUACCCGCUCUGGCUGGCCGAGUAGCGGCGCAACUACCCGGGCCGAGUAGCGGCGCAACUACCCGCUCUGGCUGGCCGAGUAGCGGCGCAGCUACCCGGGCCGAGUAGCGGCGCAACUACCCGCUCCCUCUAUCUUGCUCGCUCGCUCGCUUGGGUUGGUUGGUUUUUAUGUUGGUUGGUUUUAGGGGCGCGGGCGCGGCCUCGGUGUUUGGCGGUGUUUGAGUGUUGACAUUUAGGCUGGCUUUAUGUUAGCGUUCGUUCUUAGUCGGUUUCGAUGUUGGGUGUGCGCUGUGUAAUCAUGUAGGCCCGGUGGGCCGGCGCCGCCGUGUAGCGUCUAUGUAACGAGUGGUGCCUUGGCCCUCCGCGAGUCCGGUGCUGUGUAGUGUGUAGGUGAUCUAGUAGCUUUAACUUGCAAUGCUUUCCCAUUGCCGGCGGCGUUUCAGAGGUGUGGCAUUUUAGAUUGGUUGUGGUGUUCGGCGUUCGUUUUUCUCGUUGUUGGACAUGAUUCUCGGAUUGGGGCCGGUGCGUGGUCCCCGGCGCGGUAGGCAGGGCUAGGCUUCUUCCCUCGGUAGGCAGGUUGUCUUUGGCGAGCGGGCCGGACUUUUAAUUGGUCAGCCGCGGGCUGCCGGUACAUACGGACGCUGUAUGUAUUGCUCCGGGGGCGGGCGGGUGCCCCAAUGAACUAGGUUGCUUCCCUCUCCGGCUCCCGGCCGACCCCCCCCCCCCCCCCCCCUCCCCGGCCGGGCGCGCCCGUCGCCGCCCCGCCGGUCCGCCGCCGCCGACAUGCAUGCCCUGUGUGGCGGCGGCGUGGCGCGGCUGGAACGGGCGGCGGGCGCCCGGCCGGACCGCGUUUUACCCCUCCUGCGGACCACUUUACGCGGCCGGCCGCCGACAAAGACAGACUAGCAUAUAGCGCGGCCGGCGCGCCGCACGCUUCAGGGACUGUUCAGUGUGUGGCGGCCGCCGGGCCGGGCGACGGCCUCCCUCCUGUCUCCAUUCCACCGGCUCCCGUCCCGGCCGCCCCCGGCCGCGCCGCGCCGCGCCCGCGCGCUCGAUAAUCAAAUAGUGCGGCCGGCCGGAGCGGGCGCGCCGCCGCCCGGCUGCCCCCCGCUCCACCGCCCCUUCGGCUACUACUCUCCUUGUGAUCACACGUGCACUUUCACUACGCUAGCUAGAGAAGUUUUGCAUAAUAGUCUAUUUUUCAUAUGUGUGAUCCGGGGCGGCUGUGCGGGCGCCGGCGGCUGCCGGUCCGGCUCGGUGGGGCUUUGGUAGGGGCGCGGCCGCCCGUAGUCACUGUAGCGACGCGGUCCGCCCGGGGCGCCGCCGUCCAGUUCUUCAAUGUGAUUUUUGCAUUACGUACAAACGUAGCGGUUUCACCUUUGUAUUAAUACCUAGCGGUGUGUGAUAUCUAUAUUCUGAUUAACCGGUGGCGGCGGCGGCGCGUGAGCGGGCGCUCCGCGCCGCGCCGCCGGCCGUCAGUGUACUCGGCUCCUGUGUGGUAGGGGCGCGGCUGGCCGGUCGCCGCCGCGCCGCGUAGCUCUCUGUGUGACGGCGGCGCGCUCGCGGCCUCUCCACCUUGUGAUACGCUGCCGCCGCCCACGGUAUCGGCAGGUAAUAAAUUGCAGUGGCAGAA